AUGAGUGGUACAAAAAAGGAAAACGGGACCGAUAGAAAAAAUUCGGAGCCGAUUCUAUCGACCGGAAAGGCGCAGCAGUUGCUGAAACCGGAAUUAAUCGCAGAGUUAAGGAAACGCGGUGUUGAGUGUAGUGACGCCGAUAAACGCGACAGUUUGAGAGGAAAACUAGUUAGUUUAGUGCGGAAAGAAAGUGAAAAAGUAAAAUCGGAAGAAAUCGGUAAUACAGAAACCGACAGUUCAGAUAGUUUUGACACAGCAGGUAAUUCAGGAAGUGGUUCCUCGAGAGAUAACGCGUCGGACAGUUCAAGCAACGCAGUCGCCAGCUCAGACGACGACGACAUGGCAGGAAACUCGAAAAUCGAAUUCAAGUUAAACACUGACGAUUGGGAGGCAUUCACGGAGAGACUCGAAUUGCAUUUUAAAUUGAAGAAGAUCGAGGAGGAUAUGAAAACUGCAAUGUUACUGACAAGCGUGGACGAAGACGCCUACAUGUUGUUCAGGAAUUUAUGCGUUCCAGCUAAGCCGGCAACGAAAGACUACGCGGACCUGGUUAAGCUUAUGGCUGAUCACAUCAGUCCAAAACCAUCAAUUGUGAUGGAGCGAUGUAAGUUUAAUAAUGCAAAGCAAGGCGAAAAUGAGCCGAUAGCCGAGUUUGCAGCGAGGCUGAGGAAAUUGUCACGGCACUGUGAUUUCGAAAAUCUCGACGACGCCCUCCGUGACCAGUUUGUCUGCGGAGUUCACGACGAAAACACGAGAAUUGAAUUGUUCAAAAUAACAAACUUGAAAUUCGACAAUGCUUUGAAGGAGGCUCUCGCACAGGAGAGCGCUGUAAAAAACGCCGCAGGCGCCGAAAAAUCAUUGACAAAAAGUGGCAACAAAGAAGAGGUAUUUGCCAUGGAACGCAAUUCCAAGUACAAGGCCAGAGGAAAAUGGAAUGCUCGAAAUGAUAAAAAAAACCGCCAAACUCAGAACGAAAAGGACCCGAACGAGAGGAAGUGCUACUGCUGCGGUAAAGCGGGACAUUGGGCAGUUAAAUGCAGAUACAGAGGGGCGACCUGCGAUGGCUGCGGAAAGAGAGGACACUUACAGAGGGCGUGCCGAUCCAGCAAAGAAAAGACGUCUAACAAGUUCCUAAAAGAAGAAGCGGAGCCGAAUUCAGAUGACGACAACGACGAGACAACGAAUAAUACCGCGGAAUUUUUUUCGAUUAAAGCGAAAGUAGAUACCGCAAACUGCUGUUACAAUUUAAUUAAGGCUGAUCCAGAAUUCCUAGACGUAGAAAUUAAUGGUAAAGUAGUGUCGAUGGAAAUUGAUACAGGUACGUAUUUUACAGUAGUAUCUGAAAGAUGUAUAAAUAAAUACUUUAAAGAGUGCAAAAUGGACAAAACAGAUACAAAUUUAGUUAACUAUGAACAAAGUGCUAUGAAGCCACUUGGCCAACUAAAGAAUUUGAAAGUCAAAAUAAAACAUAAGAAAGCAAGGUUAAAUUGUUUAGUUUUGCGGGGAAACGGACCACCGUUAAUCGGAAGACAGUGGUUAGCGGAAUUCGGGCUAUGGCCAUUAAAAUUUUCAGAUACUGCUGUAAAAAAUAAUAAAAACACAUUAUUAAAACUUGACGUAGAGAACGCUAAAGAAAAAAUAUUAGCAGAGUUCAAAGAACUUUUUGGGACCACACCCGGUUUAUAUAAUAGAAGGGAAAUCAAAUUACAUUUGAAAAAAGACACAAAACCGAUCGCACUACGACCCAGGCACGCGCCGUUCGCAUUGAAAGAGAAAAUUGAGCGUGAAAUCGAAAGAUUAGUAUCAUUAGGUCAUUUAGAACGAGUAGAGUCAAGCGAAUGGGCUACACCCAUAGUUCCUGUCCUGAAAGCGGAAGGAAAGGUUAGAAUUUGCGGGGAUUUCAAAGUCACGAUCAACCCGCAUAUCGAAUGCCCUAAGCGACCAUUUCCAAAAAUUGAAGACAUUUUUAAUGUAUUACAGAAGGGGUUGACAUAUACCCAACUUGACUGCCCACACGCGUACAUGCAAGUCCCGGUAGAUAACGAAUCACGGAACUUACUGACGAUCACGACUCACGUAGGACUGUUUAGGUAUACGAAAAUGACAGAAGGUACAGCACCAGCACCGGGCGAAUUUCAGCAGAUUAUGGAUGAGUGUUUGCAAGGAAUCCCGAAUACGAUUGCUUAUAUUGAUAACAUUUUUGUAACAGGAGCUACAAACGAAGAACAUAUGGAAAAUUUGCGCAUGGUAUGUAAAAAAUUGGAAGAGCGGGGUUUGCGUUUAAAUAAAAAUAAAUGUGAUUUUUUCAAAAACCGCAUAGAAGUAUUAGGGUUCGUGAUAGAUAGAGACGGCCUACACAAGGCCAAAUCCAAAGUAAAAGCGAUGUACGCAGCGCCGCGACCAGAAAACAGCAAAAUGCUUGCUUCAUUCCUGGGCCUUAUUAAUUUUUACGCAAGAUUUUUAGAACAUAGGGCUGACAAACUAAAGCCACUUUUUGACUGUGCUAAUAAAGAAAAAUUUGAAUGGAAUAAGGAAUGUGAGGAAGCUUUCUGCUGGGUAAAAAACGAAAUGAUCUCACCAAGAGUACUCGCGCACUAUGAUCCAAAGGAACAGUUAGUAUUAGCGUGUGACGCGUCGGACUACGGGCUAUCAGCGAUAUUAUCACAUAAAUACAAAAAUGGCUUAGAAAAACCAAUCGCGUUCGCGUCAAAACUAAUUCCAAAGAAAGAAAGAAAUCGGGCAAUAAUAGACAAGGAGGCAAGCGCAAUUGUUUUCGGCUUUAUGAAAUUUUACGAUUUUGUAUACGGCCAAGAUAUAAUACUACGCACCGACCAUAAGCCAUUAGAAAUAAUUUUCGGGCCGAAACGAGGCAUACCGCUAACAGCAGCAUCUAGGCUGCAGCGCUGGGCAUAUUUUUUGUCGGGGUUCAGAUACAAAAUUGAGACUGUAAAAUCGGAGCAAAACGGAAAUUGCGACGCAUUGUCGCGCUUACCAAUUAAAGAUAACACAGAUGUUUUCGGUUCAGAUUUCACGCCGAUGUAUUAUGUCAACGAAGGCAUAACUAGUUUAGACUGGCAAGCGGUGGUAGAUGAAACGAAAAAAGACAAGUUGUUAAAUAAGAUAAUGAAAUACUGUAAGUUAGGAUGGCCAAUCGGUUGUAAAAAUUCACCAGCAAGUGAACGCAGUUUUGUUACUAAGAGAAAUGAAAUUUCAAUAGAAGAAGGCUGUUUGUUCUGGGGCGACAGAAUAAUCAUACCCGAAGUACUACAGCCGUCGUUGGUUAAUGAAUUUCACGCAUCACAUCUAGGGAUCGUAAAAAUGAAGGCAUGGGCGAGAUCGUACGUGUGGUGGCCGAAUAUUGAUGCGGAUCUCGAAAACGUAGCAAAAAGCUGUAAAAUCUGUGUAGAGAAUCAAAAAACGCCACCACACGCGCCGUUGACGCCAUGGCCUUGGCCAGAAAAAACGUGGGACCGCAUCCAUUUAGAUUUUUUAGGCCCGUUUUACGGCGAUAUGUACUUAGUAGUGGUAGACGCGCAUUCAAAAUGGCCGGAGGUCAUUAAAUUUGGAAAAAACACAAAAGCGAGCGCAUUAAUUGAUGUAUGCGAAACUCUAUUUGCGAGACACGGAUUGCCAAAUCAUGUAGUCACAGAUAAUGGUAGACAAUUCGCAUCAGCAGAUUUUAAAGAUUUUUUGAAUAAGCACGGUGUCAAGCAGGGUUUUUCACCGCCGUACCAUCCAGCAAGCAAUGGUGCGGCGGAGAACUUUGUAGGCACAUUUAAGGACAAAGUAUCGAAAAUUGUUCAAGGGGGGAAAGAGGUGAGGUGUGCAGUGAACGGUUUCUUGUUCGAUUAUCGCAGUACACCUCACUGCACAACAGGUAAAACGCCAGCGUGGUUGUUUUACAAGCGAGAACUCCGAACGCGUUUCGAUCGACUAAGACCGAAUUUGAGAGAUAGGGUGCACGAUAAACAACAGGCUCAGAUAGCCGCUCGCCCGCAUUCGCGGAACGUAGUACUCAAGCCCGGCGACGCGGUCAUGAUCGACAAUCAUGGGACAACCGGCGGCAAACGGAUUGAAGCCGAAAUCGUCAAAGCGCUGUCACCAUCGACAUUCGAGGUCAAGACCGAUACAGGGAUAACGAUGAAACGGCACACUGAUCAAAUUGUAAAACCGGCGCGCCGCUCAGAAAGAAUCGCGAAGCGUGGAAUGUAA